GGAGAACAAAAAACUUGGAAUUCUUUCGAUCAUACGAGUGGCAAAUGUCAAAUAGUUUCGUUAGAAAAUGAGACAACUUAAUAAAGUAUGAUGACUACAAAAUUUGAAAGAGAAAAAUGAAAUAUGCUUCGAAUGGCUGGAUCAAAGCUGCUGGCAAAGUUACUGAUUUUAAUUUGUUCUGUAACAAUCAUAUCAUUAUUGGCAUUGACGAAAUGUGGCUUUGGCGGUUUGACUGCUGAUGGUGGAUAUGACAGUGAUGAUGAUGAGUUCAACAAAAUUCCAGUGAUAUCCGCUGUUGCCCAACACCAUCAACAGCAUUCGGUGCCAGCCCCAGCAAACCAGCACAAGUUACGAAAUAUCAACGCCGAAAAAACUGCAGCUGAUCAAAAGGAGUACAUCGACUUGCUGCGUCAAAAGGAAGAGGAGUACCGACAGGAAAUCACUAGACUGACAUCCGAAAUAAAAUCUCUGAAGCUUCAACUUAUCCAACUUCGUGGUAAUCAGCCAUUUAACUUCACCAACUCGGUGGCACUUGGUCCACAGUUAGAGCUCCUGCAACAGCUUCCAUCGCCAAACGCAACAACCACAGCAGGGCAUCACCAGACGGGAGCAGCAUCAGCCGGCUCCUCCAUCUAUGAUUGCAGCAGUUAUAUACGGAAACAGGUCGGAGCUGCAGAGAUCCUGCGGGGGCUUCCUUUGAACAACGAGUACGAGUUGAUUCCAUUCAAUCAUUUCACAUUCAGCCGAGUGUAUCCCAUCGAAUUGGGACUGGGCAAACGGGUGGUAGAAAAGCCAAUUGGCUACAAACGCAAAGAUCUCCUGGAUGCCCUCGGUAAGGCCAUCGAGAGUCUGAAUAGAAAUGUCAGUAGUGCUGCCAAGACAAAUAUGGGCAAUGGCAUCAAGUACACCUUGGAUGAUUUCACAGAGGGGAUCUACCGUAAUGAACCCACAACAGGAACACAGUAUGAAUUGUACUUCAGGACAAAGGAGCUAGCACAUAAUCCAACCAACAACCAUCAAUUGGGUGGUGGACAAGGAGCAGGAGGAAGUGGAAUUGGUGGCAAUAAUGGUGGUGGAGCCAGUAAUUCUGGAACAAGCAACUCUGGCAGUGGCACAACGAAGGUUGUUGUUAUGAGACCCUUCGCACCAUUGCAAACGAUACAAAUGAUUGGCUUUCCAAAAGUUCACGAUAAAGAGUUGAUUCAUAUAAUAUUGCCAUUGUCAGGUCGAACGGCGACUUUCCAAAGUUUCAUAGAUAAGUUUGUGAAGAUUGCUUUAAAGAAUGACCGGAGGGUUCAUUUGACGGUUGUGUAUUUUGGUGAAGAUGGUUUAUCGGAAGCGAGAUCUAUUAUGAGUCGAGUGCUAGCGAUGAAGAAUAGCGGUGGAAACUCAUCGAAUUUGAAGUUACUGGCACUUAACGAAACUUUUUCAAGAGCUAAAGGACUACGCGUGGGUGCAGAACGUGUUUGGGACAAGGACGACAAGAGCAAAGAUGUCCUUUUGUUUAUGUGCGACGUUGAUGUUGUGUUCAGUGCCAAAUUUCUCGACCGAUGCCGUUGGAAUGCAAAGGCUGGCAAAAAGGUCUACUAUCCAGUCGUGUUCAGUUUAUACAAUCCACAUGUUGUGUAUACGCUUCAAGGCAAAGAGGUGCCACCUGAAACGGAUCAACUAUUGAUUUCUCGUGAUACUGGCUUCUGGCGUGACUUUGGAUAUGGAAUGACCUGUCAGUACCGGUCAGAUUUUCUAAAGAUACGUGGCUUCGAUGAGGAAAUUGUCGGCUGGGGCGGCGAGGAUGUAAUGCUCUAUCGGAAGUACGUUCGUUCGAAUAUUAAAAUCAUCCGUGCCACCGAUCCUGGAAUCUUCCACAUAUGGCAUCCGAAGGUCUGUACCGGAGUGAGUAGUGGUCAACGUUUAACUGCCGAUCAAUAUCGAGCCUGCAUCAGGUCAAGGGCUCUUAACGAAGCCUCACAUGCCCAACUAGGAUUUUUGGCUUUUCGGGAUGAUAUUGCUGCCCAUUAUCAUGACAAUAAUACUCACAUUCAGACAAAUAGCAUCCUGAUGUCAUCGGGCAAAGGUCUAGGUAUGGGACAUCAUCCGGCUACACUUUUUGACCAGGCACAAUCAAUGCCUGUUGUGGCAGCUAAGAACAAUAGUGCCAUUGCAGCUGCCUUACCAGUGGCCAAAAAUAUCAAGGACAAUAACAUCAAUCCCGCAAAGACUGGUAGUAUUGGUAGAAAAAAUCGCUCGAGUGAAAAUCGACGAAAAACGUCGGCGGGGAAUACUUGAUUGACAAAUUGGGAGCAUCAGGAGAGCAUUUGGAAAGUAGAGUUUUAAAGAAAUAAAAAAAUAACAAUAAUUGACGAUUAUGGAUUUAUUUUUUAAGUUUAAGGUUUAUUUUGAUAAAAGUGUUGUGUUUAAAAAUUUAAAUUGUUUUAAAAAGUUCUUUUUUCUUCUUCCAUAAAUAUUUUGAUUUGGUUUACGUUAAAUUAUGUACUAACAUUUAUGAAGAAGCUGAUUUCUAUCCCACUUAAGUCAGCCUUUGUGCUCUUUUAACAAGUUCUUGAAAUGGACUC